ACCGGCGGGGGCGGACAGACAAGAUGGCGGCGGGGAGGCGAGGUGAGCGGCGCGUUGCCAUCGAUACCGACACCCCGUGUCCCCGCGGGGCGGCGGGGCCUGCUUCCCCGCCGCGCUACAGGGUUCCCUUCCGCCGCUCCAGGCGGGGGGGCACGGGGAGAGCGAGGCGGGGGUCGAGGUCGAGCUAGGCCUCGGCGCCGGUCCCAGCCCCGUAGGUAUAUCGCGACAGUCCCGACACGCGGAGGCCAAUCCCGUCAGCUGCGGGCCCAGUGUCAGGGCGAUCAGGGGCCGUGCGGGCUGAGGAGCACCUUUAUCCACAGGCGGGUCGCCUCCCUGACUGACAGCCCUUUCCGAUUCAAGCCUUUCUUUCAAAUGAUGAACCGCUGGGAUUUAGAUAUUUUAAAAAUAAAAUCAUCAGCGUGGUCAAAAUUACUAAUUUCUGCUUUUUUCAAAGAGGUCAAAGGUUUCCCCCCCCAAAAAAAAAAAUAAAUAUUAAAAAUAAAUGCAGCCCUAGGUAGAUAAAGCUGGGUUUGAAAAGUUUGGCUUGAACAAGGAACCAAGUCCCUUUCUGAGCAGACGUCCCCAGCAGUGAGGCACCCGCAGGGUGCUGGGGUUCGCAGCCUGAAAUGGUAGAUAAUACAUGUUUUAGAUACAAUUACCACUCACCCGCAGUGUCGCUGUCACAGGUUCAAUGUGGAGCCCGCGUGAAAUGUCCCCGGCCGGGCAGGGGGAGGCAGCACCUUCUCAAUCAUAGCGGCUGUCAAACCCGUCCUGCAGGAAUGUGGGCAGUGCCCUCUUCUGGAAAACGAUUAAAAAAAAAAAAAAAGAGUUUAAAACUGGGGAAUUGGCCUGAACUGGAAAGCUGAACCAUUCCAAUGACACCACUGGCACCACGGCAGCCAGGAGGCUCUGCUGGUUGUGUCUGGUUCUACAGAAAAAGUCCCAUAUCUGGACACUUCUUGUGGAAUAAUAACAAGUCUGCACAUGCAGCUGUGGUAUUUCAAUUUUAACAUCCUGCCCCACUGUCUAAAUUAGCUUUAAAAUGGAGGCAUCUCCUUAUUGCUGGCCAAGAAAGGAAGCACAUCACCUCGGCGUGAGGUGUUACUUUCCCAUGAGGUUUAUACUUGGGUGUAAAGACAACCAGUCUGUAGCCACCAGUCACAGGGUGUCUAAUGAAACCUGUAACUCACAGGAGCCUGAAGUCCCUCUACAGAGAGGGCAGAGGAGAUGAAGCAUGUCCAGGAGGCAUUUCCCAUCACGGGGAGCAUGAAUCACCUCAAAUUGCAUUGCCUAUUUCCACUGCGUUCCCAAUUGGAACCUUAAUUAGGUGCCUGAAGGUAGUGGGGAUUAAUUUGGGCCCAACUGGAUAAACCUACUGCUGGGUGAUGAGGACAUGAACCUCAUGAAGCUCAAGGAUGGUGAGGUGAGGGUGUCCCACUGAUUUGUGGUAACAAGGAGGUGGAUCAAACAGCCUUUCACAGGCAGUUCUGGUCCCUGUGGAACAGAGGACUUAGCUUUUCAAUUCCUCACGUGCCCAAGAGAGGCUGAGAAUAUCACUGAGUGCCUUCAGAGCUGCCUGGGUGGGUCAGUUGCCAUCACGUUGCACAGGAAUGUUGUUUGCAUUUAAAAAAAAUAAAUGUUAAUUUAUAGAAAAUGCUUGGUAUGAUUUCUGCAGGUGAUCAGAACAUCUUAAGGUUUGACAGAGAAUGACUUUGCUUUUGAAGGGAACCAGUUUGGAGGGAUGUUGUUUACAGGAAGCAGGGAGCCCUGUGCUCUAGGUGGAUGUUUUCUCACACUUUAAAAACAAGUGGUGCCUUCUGGUUUAUUCUGCACAUACAUGUUUCCCUUGUUGCUGCAUAGUUAGAGGGGAUGAAGUGUCAUCUACUGUCAGAGGACAGGAUAAACAAGUUCCAGGUAAUGCCUGUGUACUUCUUUCUGCUUUGAAAGCAGAUGGUUCCUCAGUGAAAGUGACUUUUCACAGCAGGGAUUUCUCCCAAAUUACUGCAGAAUUCAGGUAUUUGGAAAAAAGUUAUUUUUGGAACCUGAACUGCAUGAGCUGAGAAACCAUCAAGUCUUCCAGUGAACUGAGAAAAACAUUUCUAUAAGCAUGCUUGACUGCUGUAGUAAAAUCAGCUUUUUGAAUGUUUCUGCUGCACUUUCAGGAAAUGUUUAGACUGAUUUUCUUUUUCUUUUCUCCUCCUCAAUGGAAAGGAAGAACUCCAUCAGUUCUGUCAUCUGUUCCUUUACAGAUGCUCUUCUACAUAAAUGGGGUCUAUUACAUCUUCUACUUCUUGGCCACUCUGGCAAUGAUUGUUUAUAAAAGUCAAGUUUUCAGUUAUCCAGAUGAUUUCUUGGCUCCUGAUCUUGUCCUGCUUUUCCUGAUGGCCAUUCUUGAGGUGCUCCAGCUAUACUUGGGUUCAAAGGGCAACCUGACAGAAGAGGAGGCACCCCUGGGGCUCAGUGUGGCCAUCACGGUGGGAAGUGUGCUGCUGUCUGUGUACUUCCUGGUGUGGCAAACCUACGUGCUGCGGGCAGACGUCAUCAUCAACGCUCUUCUGCUCUUCGCUCACGCGCUGGAGGCAGCACUGAAGGUCGUCGCCAUUGCUGCCUUCAUCAGCUAAACCCUGGCAGCUUCCAGCCCCUUUUCCACACAUUUCUUCUAUACAAGAGUGGCUUUAUAUUUCAAACAUUUCCUUCUUUUGCGUAUAAAAACCUAGUACUGCUUUCCCCUGCUCCAAAUGCAGGUCAUGAGGAGCAGAGAUCUCCCUGAAUGGCAGGGGAAAGAUCCCGUCUAGCAGCGGAGUCACCGUCUCGUCAGUCAGCUUCUUCAUGGGCCAGAGGUGUUCAGCAAAACCUCUGUAAUGCUCUGGUAUCAUCAGGGGUCAACAGGAAAGGCUCGUUCCCACACAAGAGAAGGCAAUGCCUCGUGGAGCUCCCUGCUGCUGAGCUGACAGCAGCUUUCACAGCAGAGCAGAACAUUCAGCCCCAGGGACACAGAAAGGAACCAGGGCAAUGUCCUACGGACUUGUUUCUGCCUCCCCACACACCCCUUCGUGUUGGAGGGCACAGUUUCUCUUCUGCUCUCAUUAGUCCUUUCAGACCUCAGUGGUAAUUUCCCUGACUUUAGUAGGGCAGAACCUGAUUUAUCCCAGUGGGAAAGAGUGGAAUUGAGUUUUGUGCCAACCCAGAGAGCUGAGGCACAGGAUCUGGGCAGCCAGCUCUGCCUGACACAGAGGCCAAAGGCAGUAGUGAGAGAGCAGUUGUUGAAAAAGGAUGGCCUUAAGAUAAGCAUCAACAUACACCAUUCACUCACCCUUCUGUCCUAUUUCCAGCAAAGUGCUGUCAGGUGUAUUUCUAUUUGGUGUUAGAUGUGUUUAUUUCUAUGAUUUCACAAAAACUACAUUCAGGCCUUGUCUUUCAAAUGAGGAACUGUGUGCAAUGUCAGGGGUUUUUUACUGUGUCAAAAAUACUUACUAAUGUAAAGCUUAGGCAGUUUGUGGGGCUUUUGUACAGGCAGGCUUUAUAAGCAGAAUUUCCUAUUUUUGUAUUUAUUUAUUCAAAUAAAUAAUGUUUUAGAUCUAAGAA